UGAAUUUUUAUCUUUUUACUUUCAGGUACAGGAUCAGGAUAGAGCAAUGCAGGAAGAGCAUGCAGAAGAACGAGAGGUUUUGCAGUCUAUUUAUGAAGGCGAUAACAAUUUUUGCAUGAUAAAUGACACUACAUUUCAGUAUAAGUAUGGGCAAACAGGUGACAACAAAUCAUUUUUGGUGGAAAUUGGUUGGGGACCUCAGUAUCCAAGUGUGGCUCCUACCAUCAGCCUAGAUGUCUUCUACAACAAGCAUAUUGUAGCAUCCGUUAAAGAGAAGAUAACCAUGGGACUGCAAGAGCAAGCUGAAGCUAAUCUUGGAAUGAGUAUGACUUUCACAUUAUUCGAGUGGCUUAAAGAAGCAAAAGAUGAGCUUCUGGAAGAGCAGCCAACUGAAGCUUUAGUUGGUAAUCCUGUAAAUGAAAUAACUACGGAUGUAGCACAGAUUGUUCUGAAUGAUGAUUCAAUUGAGGCAUCAAAGAAAAAGGAGCAGUUAACAAAGGCUCAGAAAAGGAGGAUGUGGGACAGACAAAAUGCGCAUGGCGAACGACCUCGAGGAUAUAAUUGGGUUGACAUUGUCAAGCACCUCUCUCAGACUGGAGGAUCGAAAAAUGAUGGAUAGCACUGUAUUUUCUAUUAGGUGUAUGAUAAAUUUCCGAGUAAUAUGUAAUGGGAAGAAAAUUAUGAAUUCCCCUACCCCUAAUGUACCUUCCUUAAUGCUGUCCUAUAUAGUAAAUACUGUACUGUAUUUUGAUCUGUUAUACUAAAUAUCUAUAUUUUCUUAUAAACAGUUUUUUGAAUUGGCAGUGAGGUUUUAUCAAAAUAUUAAAGGCAAGAUUUCAUUGAAUGAUUAAUGCUUCUUUGUUUAAAACUUAAAAUAUGAAAAGGAAAAUGUUACAUUUUGUCAAGUGCAAUUUAUCAACUUUCUUCCAAUAUUCUUACAACAUGGUGUUUUGGUGAUAUUGGUAUACUGUGUUUACUAAGA